CUUUGUCCUCCUGUGUCUCCCUGCUCUGUCUGUCUACAGCCUCCUUUCUGCGUGGUCGGUUGGGGCUCUGUCUCCACCAUGGCUGGCCUGGUGCUCUGGGCCAAGCAGCUCUGGGCCAUCCUUCAGGUGGCUUGGCAUGUUGCAGUGGGGAAGGUGAUGAAGACCCUUUUCCCAGAUAUGAUGAAGAAGCAUAUCCUGAGCCAGGGCCUGAGAAGUAGCAUUGGUCAAAACCCUCAGUUUACGUAUGAGAACUGGGGCCCAACAUUUUUCAGCCUCCAGUAUUUCUUCUUUGUCCUGAAGGUCCGGUGGCAGCAGCUGGAGGACCAAGCACUACAGGGGGGCCCGGCACCCAACUCUCCUGUGGUCACCCUCCAGGGGGAGAGUCGCCACAUCUGGGACUUCAUGCACGGCAACAGGCCUUUGGUGUUGAAUUUUGGAAGCUGCACUUGACCCUCAUUUAUUUUCAAAUUUGACCAGUUCCAGAAACUCAUUGAAGACUUCAGCUUGAUAGCAGAUUUUCUCAUCAUCUACAUUGAAGAAGCUCAUGCCACAGACGGCUGGGCUUUUGAGAACAAUAUAGACAUUAAGCAGCAUCGCACCCUCCAGGAUCGCAUGGAGGCCACCCGGAUAUUGAUGGACAGGAAGCCGCUGUGCCCCAUUGUUGUAGACACCAUGGACAACAUGACCAGCAGGAGAUAUGCCGCCCUCCCAGAGCGCCUCUAUGUUCUGCUGGAAGGCAGGAUCCUCUUCAAGGGUGGCCCAGGCCCCUGGAGCUACCGGCCAGAAGAAGUCCGGGCUGUACUGGAGAAGCUGUGUAGAUAAAACCCAAGGAAGUUCUGCAUUUCCCGUGGCAGAGAUUAAGGCUGCUCUACUUCCCUGAGGCACCCCCAUCAUCAGCUCCAAAUGUUCUCAUCUCUGCCGCUGGGUCACUGGUCUUGGCAAGCCUCCUAAUCAUCGCAUGGGGUGGAUUCCAUCCAGCUCCGGAAGGAUCCAUCAGGCCCGUCCCUGUGUGUCCAGUCCUGCUUCUGUAAAUGUUUAUCUAUGAUAGUCACAGCCUAAAGCUCAAGCCAGCUGGGACCUGAUGUGAGAAAAUGUUUGCAAGAGGAAGUGAGUACACAGGGAAGUGAUUAAAACGAUCUACUGACACCUCA